ACGAUCUAACGACAGGUAUUUCCAAGAAACGAAACCGAUACUAGGGAGCUCGUGGCAGUCAACACAGUGUCAAACCAGAAAUCUAAAAAUGGCGUCAGAACAUAGGAGAAGUAAGACCAGACGGAAGGCUACGCGUGCUUUAGGAGUGAACGAUGACAGGCAGACUAGAAGAUCUCUGGCAGAAACGAACCUUUUCAUGCUAGAAAACAAGAUUGCCUGUGACGUCACGUUCCGCGUUGGUCCAACAAGGGAGAUAAUUCAAGCUCACAAGUUCAUGCUGAUAAGUCGCAGUCACGUGUUUGCAACUAUGUUCAUUGGUCCAAUGGCUGCAACGGGCGUGGUGAAUAUCCCGGAUGUUGACGUCACUGUCUUUAAUCUGUUUCUCAGAUUCGUGUACGCUGAUGACGUGACAGUGAAAUCUGAUAACGUAAUGUAUCUACUGUACCUAGCCAUAAAGUACAGCACUGGAAAGCUGGAAGAUGUUUGUCUGAAAUUCCUUAACACAUUCUUAAACGCCAAGAACGUCUGCACUAUCCUGGAACAAGCCAAGUUCUUUAAUGCAGAUGGACUACGUAACACGGCCAUUAAAUACAUCAUGGAAAACGGAAAGUCGGCUAUGGAGUCAUCUGAUUUUCUGAACUUAUCACAGACGUCUGUACUGGAUGUUGUGAAGUCUGAUGACCUCCAAGUAGACGAGGAAGAAGUAUUCCAGGCUGCCUUUGGGUGGGCCAAGCACCAGUGUGAGCAGAAACACGUGGCCAUCAAUACGGAGACUUUACGAACACAACUUGGCGACAUCGUCCAGCAGAUCCGCUUCCCUCUUCUGGACAGAGAGUUCUUUGUCCGGACAGUGGUUCGUAGCGGCGUGCUGACAGACAAGGAGCAGUUGCUGAUUCACAACCAUGCUGUCUGCAAAGAUGUUCCUGUGGCGCCAUUCUCUGACAAACCGAGAAACGUUAAAAGAAAACACAGCGGUGGCAUGCAAUAUGACCUUUUUGGAGACACGUCCUGGGGAAGGUCUUGCCCGAAAAGCGGACGAAUAAUAUUCUAGAAACUAGCGUCACUCCCGUGAAUCUGUUGUAUCUACACAUUAUUGAUUAUUACGAAUGUAUACGAUGCAUAUUUGAAUAUUACUUUCCUUAUUGUUUGUCCCAAUCAGUGUUACAAUUCACACAAAUACAGGACCACUCAUAAGAAAACCGCGUUAAUGCGACGCGUUUUCAAUCUCGUAUCCUUGUAAUUAAAUACAUAAUCCAUUCGUGUUACGUUCAACAUACUUAAUGUAGAUAAUGCCCAUAAAAAUAUUCAAGUACCCA